AUGAUCACGAGGGUCCUGUUGGUCGGGCUGACGCUGCUCGGGGCGUUCGAGUCCGCGGUGAGGACGACCACGAGGGUCUCGUCGAUGGGCAGUAGUUGCAACGCCUGCAGGAUGCACGAGGAGAUCCGGGCAAUGAGCCUCGAGGCGAUCAAGGAGCAGAUACUGAACAAGUUGGGGCUGAAGCAGGCGCCGAACAUGACCGGCAGGGCGCUGCCGAGGAUCCCGCCGAUCUCCAAGCUGAUGGACAUGUACGGGAUGCAGGCGGACCAGCCGCUCGAGCCUGGGGUCACGUAUCACGAGGAGCUCGACGAGUUUGCUGCCAAGACAGAGAGCGUCUUUGCGUUUGCCCAGCCGCAUCAGAGGCUAAGGCACUCGAAGGGCAACCUGGACGUGCUGUACUUCAAAUUCUCGGACAAGGUGAUACAGCACAGGGUGACGCGGGCGGAGCUGUCGGUCUGGAUCUACGGGAGCCAAGAGAGCAGGGAGCCGACGUCGGACGGCAACGGCGGAGGGGUAGACGCGGGCGACAUGGAGGCCGUGAUGUCGGGGAGCGAGGGUGGCAUCGUGACGAUAACGUUGCAACGGGUAAUGCGUGGCUCGACAGACUCGGGCGGUCCCCAACUCGGGCCCGCGCUCACGACCAAGCACCGUCGGCCCAUCGGCAGACGCGGCGCCUGGGUGACCAUUGAGCUGAGGCGCAUGGUCGCCGAGUGGUUCAAGCACCCGCGGGACAACCUUGGGGUGGCCAUCAAGAUAUCCGGGCAGAACGGCUGGGGCAGGAUCAACAGAAACUUGAGACCGGUGGAGACGAAUCCGGAGGCUGACAACGCGCCGUACCUCGAGGUGCAGACGCAAGAGCUGGACUCGAGGCGGGGCUCGAGGGUCAAGCGCAACGUUGGACUCAACUGCGACGAGACCAGCCAGGAGACUAGGUGCUGCCGGUAUAAGCUCACCGUCGACUUUGAGAAGUUCGGCUGGGACUGGAUCAUCGCCCCGAAGAAAUACGACGCCAACUAUUGUUCGGGCGACUGUCCGAUGGCUUUCCUCCCAGCCUACCCGAACACGCACAUAGUGAGCCUAGCCGAGCCCCCCAACAACACGGGGCCUUGCUGUGCGCCCCGCAAACUUUCCGAGAUCACGAUGCUGUACUUCGACAACGAGUACCAGAUCGUCUUCUCGCGGUUGCCUGGCAUGGUCGUCGAGCGCUGCGGGUGCUCAUAG